GUUGAUUCCGUCAAAAGUCCAAUAUAUCUUCCAAUUCCAAACUAUUUUUUCUUCUCAUUUUCAUUCACUUAGCCUCCUAUACCACAAGGUAACCCCCGUCAACCUAGUACACACGUUCUUUUGCUCUUUUUCUCCUAUAUUCCUGUCUCAUUACUUUUCCAACAUUCUAAUUAUAUAACCCUUCCUAAAUUCAUGAUUUACCUAUCAUUAACUAUUCAAAUCAUUCAUUACCUUCUUUUCUGCACUUCACGUUCUUGAUUCAAUUUUUUCUUUUGUUUCAUCAAUUCCUUUUCCAACAACACCACCAAAUCCAUGAUAGCCUGUGAUCAUAUAAAUUCUCAACGUUCAAAUGAUGCAACAGCAGCAUCGUAUGGAGCAAUAUGAUAGCAAGUUGAGUCAAACUAAGGAGCAGAUGAGUAAAAUGGAAGAAGAAAAAGGUCGAGCUAUCAAUGAGCUCAUAGAAAUGAAAAAGGUAGCUGAGAAAACCAAUGACAUGAUUGAUGAAGUAAUUGCCGCAAAGAAGGUUUCAGAACCAAAAAACAACCAUAGUGAAAUAUCAUUAAAACAUGAACAACAAUUGUCGGAGAAAGAUGUUUUGUUGUCUGAGUACAAGAGGAAACUUCAAGAAUCAGAGGCAGAAUUGGAAAAAAGAAAAGAAUCAGAAGCCAAUUUGUUUGAUACAUUGGUGAUGCAAACAAAACAGCUAGAACAUAAUAAGGUUUUACUUGAAGAGUCAAAGCUUGAAAUUGGUUCUCUUGAAGAAAAAUUAAAGACACUUCAAUUAGGCGAAAACAAAAUCAAAGAUUUAGAGGAUAAGAAAGUAACUGAGAAAGAGUUGCCAAAGAUCAAGGUAAAGGAAACUCAAAAGGGUGUUGGAGAGGGACAAUCUAUGAAGGCGGAAAAUUUAAUUGAACAAUUGAAUAUGCUUAAGAGCGAAUUGAAAUCAGCAACAAAAGCGGAAGAGAAUAGCAAGAAAGCAAUGGACGAUUUAGCAUUCGCACUAAAAGAAGUGGCAACAGAAGCUAACCAAGUGAAAACAAAACUAACCUUAAGUCAAGUUGAACUAGAACACACAAAAGGCGACGCUGAGCGUUGGAAAACGAUGUUAGAAAGCACAGAAGAGAAGUACAAAGAGCUUCUAGACGCGACAAGAAAAGAAGCUGAGAGGUUCAAAAACACCGCGGAGAGAUUGAGAUUAGAAGCUGAAGAAUCACUUUUAGCAUGGAAUGGAAAAGAAACUGAGUUUGUUACUUGUAUUAAAAGAGCUGAUGAGGAAAGGUUGCUUGCACAACAAGAAACAUCAAGAUUACUAGAUUUGCUUCAAGAAGCUGAGAGUAAAACAAAAGUUUCAAAGGAAGAGAAUCAAAAAUUGCGCGACAUACUAAAACAAGCUCUGAAUGAAGCUAAUGUUGCGAAAGAAGCUUCCGAAAUUGCAAAAGCUGAAAAUGGUAGAUUACAAGAUAGUCUGAGUUUGCUUGUUCAUGAGAAUGAGAUGUUGAAAAUUCAUGAAGCUGCAUCAUUUGAGAAUAUCAAAGAGUUGAAGAAAAUGCUAUCAGAAACAUCAACCAAAGAGUUUCGAAUCGAAGAUUUAGAGAAAUAUUUAACAACAAAGGAAGGUACAAAAACAAAGGGGCAUCAUCAUCACUCAGGAGAACAACAUCAUAAGGAGCCUAAAGAAUCAAAAAGUUUAAGCAAAACUUUUAGUCUUAAUAUAAAAGACAUGAUAACACCACAUAAGCAGCAACACAAAGGGGGGAAUAAUGAAGAGGUUGUUAAUAAAGAAAUUAUUGUAGAAGAUGAUACACUAAAGGGUUCAAUAUUUGAUGAAGUGGAGGACGAUUCACCUGAUUCAGAAACACAUGUUGAAAUGGGAAUUCAUGAAGAUUUUGAUCAUUUAGAUGAAUCACAUUUUGAUGAUUCUGAGGCUGAUAGAAACAACAGAAAAAGUAAAGCAUUGCUGAGAAGAUUUGGUGAUCUUAUAAGGAGAAAAAGUACUACUACUGCUACUAAUAAUAAUACCCGAAAAGAACUUCCCAAUGAAGAACAUCUACAAACGUAAUGCAAAUUACACAGUGACUAAAUACAAUUAGACUGUAAUACUGUUCAUAUUGUUUUACUUUGUGCAUUUGUUUAAUGUGUACAUAAUUUUUGUUUAAAAAAAAUGUGUACAUAAUUUCACAGAUUAUACGUACACCUAUUUUGAGA